AUGGGACCAAUUGCCCCCAACUCGCUAUCGCAUUUUCGAGAAGGACUAGAGAGCUGGAGGUGGCCGCUUGUUUUCAUCUGUUUGAUGUUGACCAUGCUGAUUAUCGGCUACGAUGUCAGUAAUGUUGCAAACGUCCAAACAUCCAUCUAUGAGGCCUUUGGUAACGUCGAGCUUCUUCCUUGGGUUGCCGUUGGAUACAGUACCCUGAGUGCUGCGACUACUCCCUUGUGGCGCAAGAUGACCCUCGUCUUUCCGCUCAAGGUAGUAGUCUUUCUUGUCGCGGAAGCCCUGAUGCUCAUUGGAUUAAUCUUGGCCGGUACCGCCUCCAAUAUUGACAUUGUAAUUAUUGGGCGUGUCAUCACUGGAUUUGGAUCAGCUGGAGGCGUCCUAUCCAUCUACGUCUUGCUUCUCACCACACCGUUAGAAUACACUCGAUACGUCGAAGUUAUGGGCGCCAUGUACAUUAAUAUGCCAUUGAUUGGCGUCAUUCUUGCGCUCGCAGUCAGCAGUCUCCCCAACCUCCCAUCGGAGCUCAACACAUUGACAUGGUCCAAGUUUGCCAGCAUCGACUGGCUUGGCAGACUGUUGCAUUUUUCCUUCAUCGUACUCUUCAGUCUUGUUGUAGUAUUCAGCGGUUCGACUUGGGACUGGGACUUCUUUGGCACAAUCAUUGUCUGGACCCUUGCCGGAAUUGUCUUCAUCUGCUCGUACGGGAUCGCGCUCUAUUACACGCCCUUGUUCUUUGCCUUUAUCCGAGGUCUGAGCCCCAUAGAUGCCGCUGUCCGUCUUUUGCCCUACAACUGCAGUUUUAUUGCCUCCACCAUCUUGUUUGCCGGUCUCUUGCCUCGAAUCCGCGUUUUCCCGCCCUUUUACAUUUUGAGCGGCGCUAUGAUGAUGGCUGGGGCUGGGGGAAUGUCUGUUCUGAAGCAAGAUACCCCCAGCAGCAGGAUCCUAGACCUUAAUAUUCUCAGUGGAAUCAGCGUUGGUCUCAUCUGGCAGACUGGAAAUGCAGUCAUGUCCCGGCUGGUCCAAGACGUACCCCGGCUUGAUAAGAGUAAUCUGGUCGAGUUAUUCGGCGUUUCGGUUGCCCUGUCCCGCGCUGGCUGCCUUUUUCAGAACGUUGGAUAUAGCAAGCUGUACGGCUCCAUCAGUGGUUUUGGCCAUUUCAGCAGCAGGGAGAUCCGAGACGCUCUGGCGGGCAUCGACUCCAGCAUCUUUCGGCCUGGACAGGACCCUCGUGUUACGAUUGCGAAGAUACAGUGGGUUGCAUAUGCAGGAGGCGCUGUUACGUUCUUCUUGGGUUGUUUCAUGAGCUGGGAAAAGCUAGACUUCGAAGUUCCCACCCUAGGUAGGCGACAGCGAGAAAGCAGCCGGCUAUUCUUCUGA